UGUAGAUCUACCAUAUGAAAGAGAAUCCAUAUACCUGGCACUCCAGUGCAGACAGUGUGACCACUGACUUGAUGGGAAUUGUUUUGAGGAAUUCUCAAGGGCAUGAACUGAACAUUGAGAAUCUUUCAGAGAAUUUAACAAUAUCCCUUCCAACAAAAGGUAUACCUCAUAUGGAUAGAGUCCAGCUUUCAGUGCCAAUAUCAGAACUGGAAAAAUCAACUCCUACAAUGUUGUCAGACUACAAAGAUAGAGAUAUACUUGUCGUUGAGUUCCGUGCUGAUGAGGGUAGUGCUGUCAUUAUUUAUGUUAAACCUGUCGAAGAAAACAUUACUUUGAAGGUGUAUGUUAAAGAGGAUGAGAGGCCAGAUAUGAAUGAUAUGAAUAGUAAUGCCACAAGGAUACCACAUGAUGCUGACACACUGUAUAGAUCUCGAACUGAUAAAACAGCUCACCCCAAUGUUAUAUAUAUGCCCAAAUCGAACCAUAACAGGACGCUAUUUAUCGGUAUUCUGCUUGAGAACAACAAUCCAAGAAAUUCUGAGUUUGUAGCAGGCUACAACAUGAGUGGAAUUCCUGAGAAUGAAACACAAGGCCUUCAUCUAGAGUUGGACAUUGGAACUUAUACUUUUAACUGUCUCUUUUGGAACGAGUUCUUGCAGAUGUGGAGCGAUGCUGGGUGUGAUGUAUCACCGUUAGCUACCCCAGGCGGUUUAUCAUGUGAUUGUAACCAUAUGACAACAUUUUCCGGCAGCUUCUUCGUGAUUCCUAAUGUUGCGUACCACUUCGGUCAUGAAAAUGUGUUUUUGACCUCCUCAAAUAACCCGGUGACUGCCAGUGUCAUAUCAGCGGUUUGGCUCUUGUAUAUCAUACUUGUUGUAUAUGCAAAGCGACAUGACAGGAAAGAUACUUCACAUAAAACUAGACCAGGAGACAAUAAUUCUUUGCAGCACCACUGUUACCUUGUUACCAUAGUAACAGGUUUGCAACAGGAUGCAAGUACUAGCGCCAAUGUAUUUAUUCAACUGAAUGGAACAAAAGGAUCGAGUGAAUCCCAACAGUUGAAACGGAGAUAUGGGAAUGCAGAGUUGUUCAGAGCUGGAAAUGAGGAUUAUUUCCUAGUGACAACAAUGGGAAGUAUAGGCUUCUUGGAGUCUAUCACAAUCUGGCAUGACAACACUGGAGACUAUCCAAACUGGUAUCUCAAUGAAGUUAUUGUGAGAGAUCUACAGAAAGACCAAGUCUGGGAAUUCAUGUGUAAUAGAUGGAUGGCUGCAAAUCAGGAAGACUUUUCUUUUUCAUGUACACUACGUACAAAGAACGAAAAUCGUUUAAAACAAACUUCCGAAUCACUUCUUAGACUCAUUGGUAAUGUCAUGCUUGACAAUCAUCUGUGGUUGAGUAUAUUCUCUAAACCUCCAGAAAGUCACUUUACACGAGUACAGCGUACCACAUGUGUAUUCACAUUGAUAUUAAGUCAAAUGU